AUGUCAAAAAGAAAAAGUGUUUAUCGUGAACAGUUUUCAACUUACUUUCCAGGGAUUAAAAAAAGUAAAAAAGGUGAAAAUUAUGCCUUUUGCGAAUAUUGUUUAACUGAUGUUAGUAUUGCGAACGCAGGCGUUUCAUCUAUUAAACAACAUUUUGAAAAAGAAGUUCACAAAAACAACGUGAAAAUUAAAAAGUCUACUGUCGGAAUAUCAACAUUUUUUCAUAGUGAUAAUUUGCCCACAUCUAGAAAAACUGCUGCAGCAGAAGGAGCAUUUGCAUAUCAUGUCGCUUUUCACUCGUUAUCGUUUAAAGCUGCAGAUUGUACAAAUCGUUUAAUUUCAACUGUUUUCGCUGAAUCGGAAACUGGUCGGAAAUUUUCAUCUGCUCAAACAAAAACGCAGGCAAUCAUUUCAAGAAUAUUGGCUCCGAAAUCAAUUGAGAAUCUUUUGUCUGAAUUGGGCAGCGAGCCGUUUUCUAUUGCAACCAACUCGUCAAAUUUUAAAGAAAUCAAAACAUUCCCUAUCAUUAUUCGGUAUUUUUCGCAUGAAGGAUUGAAAGUUAAAUUGUUAGAGUUUUCAAAUUUGCCAGGAGAAACGUCAGAAUUGAUUUUCAAAUAUGUAAUGACUGUGCUUGACAGAUUCAAAUUGAGUCCUAAUAAUUUGGUAGCGUUCAAAUUUUACAGUUAUGGGGUGGGUCUAUCAACGGAUGACAUUCCAAAGGUUCUGGAAAAUUUAUUCUCUGAUGAUUCAAAUGAAAUCUACUUCUGGUUUCUACAGAGCUCAUUGCAGCUGUUUCAGCAAAUUUUGCUGAUACUUGAAAAAAAAGACCUUGUGCUUCCUGAAAUGAUAGAAUCUGUUGAAAAUCUGUCACAAAAACUCACUGACAGGAUGCAGAAAAAUUUUUUUGGUGCCAUGACUCAAUCAAAGUUGCAAUCAUUAGAGGAUUUUAAUUUGGCUAAUCGCAUAGAAAAGGAGUUUUCAACAUUUUAUUCGACAUCUGUUGAUUACAUUCAGAAGUGGUUCAGAAUUACUGAUUAUCCGUCUUCUUCUAAGUGGUUAAUGGUGAAAUCUGUCGAUACAAUUUCGUAUGAGGAUAUUCGAAAAUCUGCAGAGUUUCUAAUGCCAGAAAUUUCUGUGAAAGAUUCUCUGUUUGAUGAAACGAGUCUUCUAAUUUCACUGUUGAAAGAUUCAAAAAAAGUUUCCACGAAUUGCCCAUUGAUAAAAAAUGGGCUGUUCUGUUUCAAAAUGAACUGUUUUCAGAUUUGA